GUCACACCAGGACACGAAUCAUUGAGUUUUUAAACACUGCAUUAGAGUUGUCAGUAGUGGGCGUUCACCUCGAGGACGAAACCGUUUUUUUUUUUCUUUUCUUUUUCUUUUUAAGCCACGUAUGGCAUUAUACCAGCGUGACCCAAUACUCUUAAUUCUGAGGCAGACAUGACCCGAGUGCUGUUGGUGGGUGGCGGCCUGACCAGUGCCCUGACCAGUGCCUUGCUGCGGCGGGAGCUGCCACACGCUGAGCUGGUCCUCUGGGACAAGGCACAGGGGGCAGGUGGUCGAAUGGCAACAAGCAGAAGUCCACACGACCCAAACUGUGUAGUUGACCUGGGGGCACAGUACAUAUCAGCCACACCAGAGUAUGCUAAACUCCAUAAGUCGUAUUAUGAUGAACUGUUGAGUGCCGGGGUGCUGGUGCCUCUGACCAGCCACGUGGAGGGCAUGAGGACCAGCGAGGAGGGCACCACACAUUACGUCACCCCCAAGGGCACCUCCUCCAUCGUCAAGCACUUCAUGAGGGAGGCCAAUCUUAAUCCUAAGUUCAAUCACCAUGUCAGCAGCAUCAACCUGCAGGAUGGGAGGUGGAGCGUCAAGACCCAGUCUGGGGAAGCUGAUGUGUUUGACGUGGUGGUGCUGACCAUGCCGGUCCCUCAGGUGCUGGGCCUCACUGGCACUAUAAAGGAACUCAUCGACAAAGAUGAAAAAUUGCUUUCUGACUUAAAAUCCGUUGAGUACAGCUCCCGCUACGCCCUGGGCCUGUUCUUUGAGGAUGGGGCCCAGGUGAGCCUCAGGGACGAGGGGACGGCUGCCCAGUACAUCACCAGCAACCCAGUCGCUCGCUUCAUUGCCCUCGAUAACAAGAAGAGGGCGGCAGACACAGGCAGUCCCUCGGUGGUGCUGCACACGUCGGUGCCCUUCGGCAAGGUGAACGUGGACAAGACGCCAGACCAGGUCAAGCCAGUCCUCCUGGAGUGCAUCAAGGACAUGUACCCACACUGGCCUGAGCCCAAGGCUGUCAAGUGCCAGAAGUGGAAGUUCUCUCAGGUGACCUCAGCCUUCCCUGGCCUCCCUGGCAGUGUGACCUUGGCAGAUGGGCUGGUGGUGGGUGGCGACGGCUUCACUCACUCCAACAUGGACGGCUGCAUAGAGUCAGCCAAGGCGGUGGCUGAGGCUGUGGCCCAGUAUGUCAACUCUCGGGGUUAGCUUGGUAUUGUAGGGGUGGCGGGUGAAGGGGAUACCAGGUGUUGCAUUCUUUUUGCAUUUAGUUUAUUCACCUUAUUUCAGAUGCCACUUCAUUGACUGCUUCUCUCUUUCUCUCUCUCUCUCUCUCUCUCUCUCUCUCUCUCUCUCUCUCUCUCUCUCUCUCUCUCUCUCUCUCUCUCUCUCUCUCUCUCUCUCUCUCUCUCUCUCUCUCUCUCUCUCUCUCUCUCUCUCUCUCUCUCUCUCUCUCUCUCUCUCUCUCAUCAUCAUCAUCAUCAUCAUCUCAUGCUCAUUGCCUUCCACCUUGUAUAGGCUAACCCUUGGUACAGGUUCAGUCACUGCUGUAGAUAAUAGAAACUUUCAAUAUUCCUUAUUUUGUUAACUUGUUUCAAGACAACACGCAUAUCAGUUUUUUUAUUGUAUUUAGUUACAAUAAUUUCCUUUUUGUACAAUUUUCCUUCUGCCUGGUUAAUUCUUAAAGUUCACUUCUUCCUUCAUCUCAGGGUUGGUGAUAAAUAUUGUAAUGUAGAAAAGAAUUAGUUUAUUUUAGUAGUCUCAGGUGCAGGGAGUAAAUAGUCUUAGUUUAUGGGUUUCUAUUUAGAAUUUGGUAGGAUUUUGCUGAAUUUAUAGUUUACUACUUAAAUUAUAUAUAUUCUUUAUUUUUUCCACUUGUGUGCUAGAGUGGCAUCCUUAAGGUGGAAGCCCAAACCAGACACCAGCAUGUUUUGUAUCCUACUGUAGCAAAAGGUUAAUUAUUUAAACAAUGCCUGUGGUGUGAGAAUGUAUAUUAAAAGUACUGAAAGUGAGAAUGAGAGGAGAGAGUGUGCGUAAAGGCAGGAAUAACUGUAGACUUCUUUGGUGACCAUUCCCUGGGGGGUCUUUAGGUGUAAAGAGGGUCAGAAUGUUGUUGGAUACAUAAAAUGUAAUGAUAGAAUUUUCACAUUUAUAGUUUCAAAUUUAUUGAGCUUGGAUAAGCAACGUACACAGCUUUACUUGAAUAAAUAUGUGGUGACAC